GGGUUGAAUCCAGCUCUCUCCUGCUGUUUAUCAGGGUGGGCUGAACCCGGAUUAAAGGGAACAGCUGGGAACCACACACCGGAGCCUUUUCCACUGUGACCCAUCAAUGGACUCCCUGAGGUGGGCUUAACACCGCUCAAUGACUCUCCACCGGAGCAAACGACCUGCCGGCAGGCUUGGAGACCGAAUUUUCUUGAAAAUCGCCUGUAAGACAGAAGAGACGAAACAUGUAAGCCAGAAGACACAGGAGUCCACAUGAACCCUAUGGCGCAGCUAUACUACAAUAAAGCCAGUAACUCCCCGUACCGCGAUCGCAUCCCGCUGCAGAUCGUGAGGGUGGAGGUUGAGCUGUCUGCCAAGGAAAGAUCCUACCUGAUGGCGGUGGAGAAGGGUGACUAUGCUGGAGUUAAACAAGCACUUGAGGAGGCCGAGAUCUAUUACAACAUCAACGUGAACUGUCUGGAUCCCCUGGGCCGUAGCGCACUCCUCAUCGCUAUUGAGAAUGAGAACCUAGAGGUGAUGGAGCUGCUGUUGAGUCAAGGCGUGCACAUGGGCGAUGCACUCCUCUACGCCAUCCGCAAGGAGGUGGUGGGAGCGGUGGAGUUACUGCUAUCCUACAAGAAGCCAAGUGGCGAGAAACAGGAGCUCAGUAAAGUGGAGAACGAGUUCUGGCAGGAGUACGAGGAGCUGUCACAGCAGUGCAAACUUUUUGCUAAAGACUUGCUGGAUCAGGCCCGUAGCUCCUGUGAGCUGGAGACCAUCCUCAACCAUCGGGAUGACCACAGCGAGGAGCUGGACCCCCAUGAGUGCAGAGACCUGGCCAAGCUCAAGCUAGCCAUCAAGUACCACCAGAAAGAGUUUGUAGCUCAGCCCAACUGCCAGCAGCUCCUGGCAACACUGUGGUAUGAUGGGUUCCCAGGUUGGAGACGACGUCACUGGGCAGUGAAGCUUGUCACUUGCUUCAUCAUUGGCCUGCUCUUCUCUGUCUUCUCCCUUAUAUACCUUCUGGCUCCAAAGAGCACCCUGGGAACCUUCAUCAAGAAACCUUUCAUCAAGUUCAUCUGCCACACUGCCUCCUAUCUGACCUUCCUCUUCCUCCUCCUCCUCGCCUCACAGCAUAUCGUGCAAACUGACCUGCAUGUACAGGGACCUCCACCCACCAUCGUGGAGUGGAUGAUCUUACCCUGGGUUCUAGGCUUCAUCUGGGCGGAGAUUAAAGAGAUGUGGGAUGGCGGUUUCACAGAGUACAUCCAUGACUGGUGGAACCUAAUGGAUUUUGCGAUGAACUCCCUCUACCUGGCCACUAUAUCUCUUAAAAUGGUGGCCUACUUUAAGUACAACAGCUCCCGUCCUCGUGUGGAGUGGGAGAUGUGGCACCCUACGCUCAUCGCAGAGGCUCUCUUCGCCAUCGCCAAUAUCUUCAGCUCGCUGCGUCUCAUCUCUCUGUUCACCGCGAACUCUCACUUGGGCCCACUGCAGAUCUCUCUCGGCCGCAUGCUGCUGGAUAUCCUCAAGUUUCUUUUCAUCUACUGUCUGGUGCUGCUGGCCUUCGCCAACGGCCUCAACCAGCUCUACUUCUACUAUGAGACGAAGGCGUCCGAAGAGCCCAACCACUGCAAAGGGAUCCGUUGUGAGAAACAGAACAAUGCCUUCUCUACGCUAUUUGAAACUCUUCAGUCUCUCUUCUGGUCUGUGUUUGGGCUGUUGAAUCUGUAUGUCACCAAUGUGAAGGCUCGUCAUGAGUUUACCGAGUUUGUGGGGGCCACCAUGUUCGGCACUUAUAAUGUCAUCUCACUGGUGGUGCUGCUGAACAUGCUCAUCGCUAUGAUGAACAACUCUUACCAACUCAUUGCUGAUCACGCGGACAUUGAGUGGAAAUUUGCUCGCACCAAGCUGUGGAUGAGCUACUUUGAUGAGGGAGGGACGUUACCACCACCCUUCAACAUCAUACCUAGUCCAAAGUCUGUGUGGUACCUGUGUGUGUGGCUGCACUGCCGUCUGUGUGGACAUGGAGAGUCUAGGCAUGAGGACGAGUGUAAACACGAAAACCUCAAAGAGUUCACGGAAAGGCAUGCCGAUAACCUCAUUCAGAACCAGCACUACCAGGAGGUGAUCAGAAACUUGGUAAAGCGAUAUGUUGCAGCCAUGAUCCGCAGCGCCAAAACAGACGAAGGGUUGACAGAGGAGAACUUCAAGGAACUUAAGCAGGACAUCUCCAGCUUCCGCUACGAGGUUCUUGACCUGCUGGGCAACCGUAAACCACCGCGCCGCACAUACUCUUCUAGUAGCGAGGCCACUCAGCAGGACGAAACAGCUGAGCCUGAGGAAGAGGAGGGCGAGGAAGACGAUAGGCUCAGAGGACCCGGAUGUGGGGAUGGGGGAGAGUCGUCUAGAUCUAAAGCAUCUACGUCCUUCUCCCAAUGUUACAGGAGAAACCGAGAGUCCCAGUUCAGCGUAUCAGCUCUCUUCAAGUCCAUGUCGGGACCGGUCAGAGGCAGACCGGAAAGCAAUGGCUUGAGGAACAACAUAUCCCACUCCUCUGCAUUUGUGCGGACCAGCAGCCGUCUGCAGCGCUUUUCGCGUUCCAAGAAAAACUCUUUGCCACGCUUGGGAAUGCUAAUGUCUCGUAUGAACGGACACAUCCCGGACCAACAUGCGGAGACCAAGGGAGAUCAAAAGUCUGCAUACAGCAUUUCAGACAGCGUACCGCAAACAUCUUGGCAUGGUCCCCAGGUGCUGUCGAAGGGAACACAGAGCGAGAUGCACCUGCACACACUGGGACUGGGACCGGGACCACCAGAGACAGAUCAGAACCCAAUGCAGACCACAUCUCAACGGGCAAACGGCAGGGACAGUCUCCUCCUCCUGCCACCCAGCCACUCGCUGCCCCCGCUGCACUGUGCUUCCAGCCUGACUGCCUCCAGUGCCCAGCUCCUGGCCUCCAGUGAUGAUCUGUGCCACGGCUGGGUGGGACCCUGUGACAGUUUGAGCUCCUCCAGCUGGGAACAAGACGAGUCGGUUACGACACAGCUGUAGCGGCGAAGUCGGCUCAUUAACGUUUCACAGCUUAAGGCAGGGGUCUCCAACCCUGCUCCUAGAGAGCGAUCGGCCUACAGAUUUCAACUCUAACCCCAA